CACCGGUCUAGCCAUCUGGUAACGCAACCAUCGAACGAUGGUUGGAUCCUUACUUAAAGCAACUGGUUCGCGAACGCGGAAUCAGUAGUAUUCGAGAGUUUGUCGAUUCCAGUCGUCUGCCAGUGUAUACCCACAGAAACCACCAUAAUGACUACCUACAAGUUGACGUACUUCAAUGUCACUGGUCUUGCCGAGGGCAUCAGGUUCUUGCUUCACCAGAGCGGGAUCAAGUUCGAGGAUAAAAGACUCACCUUCGAGGAAUGGCCAGAAUACAAGCCUAAAAUGCCAAUGGGCCAGGUGCCCGUUUUGGAGAUCGACGGAAAACCUUACUUCCAAUCCAAGGCAAUUUCCCGCCUGAUCGCCAGAAGGAACAACCUCUACGGCUCCAACGACGUCGAAUCUUACGAGAUCGACGCCAUCGUCGACACCUUGGACGAUUUGAAAAUAGGAUUUACUCAGUAUCAUUGGGAACAGGAUGCUGCAUUCAAGGCGAAACUGAAGGAAGGUGCGUUCGCCAAGGCACCGACCAUCCUUAGCAAGCUCGAAGAGAAGGUCAAGAGUAACAAUGGUUACCUUGCAAAUGGAAAGCUGUCCUGGGCAGAUUUAUUGUUCACCACGUACACGGAACUUCUGUCGAACAUCAUCGGGGAGGAUCUGAACAAGGAUUACCCGGAACUGAAGAAACUGGUGGAGAAGGUCAAAGCUCUGCCGAAAAUCAAAGCUUACCUGGACUCAAGACCGAAGACCACCCUGUAAAAACAUUCGACCAUCUUUUCAACGCGUUUGCGAUGCACGAACAAAAACAAUUCGCAGCGUCGGACCCGUUGAUUCUUUUUUUUUUUUUUUUUUAUUACUCACAAGCCGCACAAGAUUCCAAAGAAGCUAUACAACACGUUCUAUCUUACAAAUGUUACGCCGAGCGUUUCAGCGACACGCGUUAACAGAGAAUGUACAAAAAUAAAUAGAGAAUUCAAUGUACGCGUCUCGGUGUACGAAGAAAGUGUAUUGUUUCAAACAUCGAUCAAUAUAAAAGAAGAAAUAAAUUUGUA